GUCCCACUCCCCUCCGCCUCGCCUCAGGGGCUCAGUGGCCACACACAGCACCAGCACUGCACUCUCUGCAUCCGUACAGUCCGUCUGUCCUGUCUGUCCGUUUGACGACACUGCUUCGGGUGGCAAACCUCUACUGUCUCUGACCGGGGUGGGCACUGGCAGUGCUGCCUGGGCAUGUUUGGCACACACAAAAGCAGCCUGAGCGAGGUGCGGGGUGGGCACGGGCAUGGAGGGGCCGGACGUCGUAUGAGCCGCCAACAGAGUGUCCCUGACCACCAGAUGCCCAAGCCGGGUGGCAAUGGAGCUGGCAGCGGUGGUGGCGUCAGUAGCGGCGGGCAGGGGCCUCCUGUAGCCAGCAUGAGGCGGAGCAGCAGCGUCAGCAGCGGCGGAGGCAACACCGGCAACUCCGGCACUGGUAAGAUGCUGUCCUUGUCGUCGAUGAGCGAGAGCGUGCGCAGUGGCCUUAGCUGCUUCCUGUCAGAGCAAGCUCUGGAUAAUGAGGAGCGGCAGCAGCGCAGUGACCAGCUGGCCGAGAUGCAGCGGCUGAGGGAGGUACGUGCCGCUGCCCAGCUCAAGAACCUGGAGGACUUUCUGAAGAUGAACGCUGUGUCCCUGCGGGAGUGUGUGUCCUACACCACCGGGAUGAGGUACAGAAACCUGGGCAAGUCUGGAUUGAGGGUGUCCUGCCUGGGAUUAGGCACGUGGGUUACCUUCGGAGGACAGAUCACAGAUGAGAUGGCGGAAGAAAUAAUGACAUUGGCAUAUGAGAACGGGAUCAAUCUGUUUGACACAGCGGAGGUCUACGCUGCAGGGAAGGCAGAGGUCGUAUUGGGAAACAUCAUCAAGAAGAAAGGUUGGAGGCGCUCUACUUUGGUCAUCACCACCAAGAUAUUCUGGGGAGGAAAAGCAGAAACAGAAAGAGGGUUGUCCAGAAAACAUAUCAUCGAAGGACUAAGGGCAUCGCUAGACCGACUGCAGCUAGAGUAUGUGGACGUCGUUUUCGCAAACAGACCAGACCCCAACACACCUAUGGAAGGAGACCCAUUUCACACCUCAAAGUCCAAGACAUUCAUCAUAGAAGAGACGGUGCGGGCAAUGACCCAUGUGAUCAACCAGGGUAUGGCCAUGUACUGGGGAACGUCGCGCUGGAGCUCCAUGGAGAUCAUGGAGGCGUACUCAGUGGCCAGGCAGUUCAACCUGAUACCCCCUAUAUGUGAGCAGGCUGAGUACCACAUGUUCCAGAGGGAGAAGGUGGAGGUGCAGCUUCCCGAGCUCUUCCACAAAAUAGGUGUGGGUGCCAUGACGUGGUCUCCGCUGGCGUGCGGGAUCAUCUCAGGGAAGUACGAUAGUGGGGUACCCCCGUACUCACGGGCCUCACUAAAGGGCUACCAGUGGAUGAAGGACAAGAUCCUGAGUGAGGAGGGGCGCCGUCAGCAGGCGAAGCUGAAAGAGCUGCAGGCCAUUGCCGAGCGACUGGGCUGCACCCUGCCCCAGCUCGCCAUCGCAUGGUGCCUGAGGAAUGAAGGGGUGAGCUCUGUGCUACUGGGGGCCUCCAGCACAGACCAACUGAUGGAGAAUCUAGCAGCAAUACAGGUUCUUCCAAAGUUGUCGUCCUCCAUCGUUCAUGAGAUGGAUAGUAUCCUAGGCAACAAGCCCUAUAGUAAAAAGGACUACAGAUCCUAGAGGCUGCCUGAGGAACAUUGUUGGGCGAAGAUUGAUGGAAUGCUGGUCAGACACAAGUAAAUGCAGCCCGAGCAUCUAGUUAAGGCACGCUAUGAAGACACACACUAUGUUGUAGAUAAGAGCAAACAUAAUCAACUAAGUAGAGUACGCUACUGUGCAUUUCAUGUAAAGGGACUAAUUGACAAGCUAUUUUAAUGGUCUUAUUUUUUACACACACAAAUACUGUGCAGCAUAGGAAUCUGUAAUAUAGUCAACUGCAAGCUAUUUGUACAUUUGCAAUGUCAAAAUACAUAAUGGAUUCACAAAUUCUUUCUGUACUGUAUAUAAUCUAAAUUCUGUAUAUACUGUAUGGCUGUUAGCUAUCACUUUAUGCCUUUGUUUUAUCUUCUGUUCAUUUUGCAAGCAUUGCUAACUGAAUUGUGAUUGAAGCAGACUUUAGGUGAAUUGUGUUUACAGCUUGAGAACGUAUAAAUAUUCAAAUAAAUGCUAUAAAUAAAAAUAAACGUAUUGACUUCAUACAGAACA